AUGACUUCCCAAUACAACAAGCGCGUCGACUUCAAAAUGGGUAACCUCCAAACUGCCCUGACAUAUACCCCGCGGCCCUCCGGAGACUUUCCGUCCCCAAAGGCCGCAGAAGCGACAGAUUGGCUCUCGCACAUUCUCUCCGAGAACGAGUCGGGCCGUUUCAUGAGCCCAACAACGCAAGCCCGCGCCGAGAGGCUUCGUCACCUUUGUUCCGAGGCUGUACAUUGGCCCCUUUCAGAUGCGAAGAACCCUGCCCUCAACGCAGUGAAACAUGGCCGCCAUGAGAUCGAGUCCCUCAUCCGCAUCGAUAGCCGCAAGGACGCAGCGGGUCUGAAGUGGACUUGCAUGGCCAAAGACUACAUCAUCACGCGCUACGCCCCAUACUCGGAGAAGCUCAAGAACAAGCGCCGGAGCAUGGAGAGUCAGACAUGGAGACAACUCUUUAACGGCCGCAAGUCAGUCGGCCCCAUCAUCAAGUGUCCCUAUGAGACAUCGGCCGUGUUCGCCGUCAUGGACUGGGUCGAUAUUGACCGCAUUCUCGACUUCGAGACGCGUGAGAACGCGAGAUGGACCGAGUACCCGGGUAUCUCAGCCUUUGUCGACUUCUCGACAAAGAUUCCGGGGAGACAGCCCCCGCCGAAGCUGACCAGCUAUGUGGAGAACGUGGUCAAGGAGCACGGCGACUUGGAUUGGGGAAAGGUGCGGAAGUUCAUCAAGAUGUACAUCGCACAGCGUUACCCGGCGUCCCCCAACUUGUACACCGAGACCGAUUGGUUCGAAACCCCUUUGCUGUUUCUCAACGUUCCCAACAGACGAUACGAGAUUCAGGAGAAGACGUCAAGUCCUUCGAGCGACAGGUCCGAGUUCUCGGAAGAGGCCCAACGCCAGAGACGCCAAAAGUUCGACGAAGACUCCCGAGCCCUGUCGGAAUGGACUCCACGUUGCUGCUCUAACUAUAAGCUAAUGGCAAUUCGGGCGAUGGCUGACUUGGGAGCUUAA